UAUUUACUCAUAAUUUUUUCUUAUUAUGAAGUAAGCGAACAGAGCUACAGUAAACAAUAACAUUGAACACAUACAUAUCUACAUACAUCUGCUUGUAAACAAACCCCUUUAUUUGUUGUAUAUAUGUGUAUAUACAUUUAUACUGAUGGGGUAGUUUUGUUUUUUGUAUUUGAACUGAUUUGUAAAUAAUAAAUAAUCAAGUAUUACGGGAAAAAAUUUAUUUCGCUAAAAUGGAAAGCAUUUUAUUGCCGAAUAUUGCUGCAAUUUUAGUAAAAGAUAUGUUAAUAGACGAAAACAAAUCCAAAGGAAAGAUUACUAAAUUUGCUAAGCGUGAUUUUCCGCUGCUUUCCAGCGACUCUGAUGAUGAAGCAUUACAUUUCUUCCUGCAACAGAAGCACAGAAAACAUGAAGAUAACCACGGUAAACAAGUUAUACCAACGAAUCCCAAUUCAAAACAGUAUGUAAACGAAACGGAGACCGAGAAUAAAGUAACAGUUGCACCAUCUAAAUCUGUCAAGCGACAAACUUUAGCCGAAAUUAAUUUACUUAAUAAAUUUAACACCACACUAUUUGAAGGAUAUUUGCAUAUGAGUAAAAUGACUUUCUUGCGCAUCUUCAAGCGACUACGUCCAUAUUUACCCAACGAACAUUGCCCUACUGCUGCACCACCGCAAUCGAUAUUUUCACUCGCACUCUGGAAAUUGUCUACAGACGAACAUUUCGAAGAUAUUGGACGUAAAUUCAACAUUACAAAACAAGUUUGCCAACAAGUUAUACGCCUCUUUUGGCGACGCAUUUCCGCACAAUAUGAGACAUUAAUCCAGUGGCCCAGUACACCAGAGAAACGUCAAUAUACCAUACAAACCUUUGCUGGCAAUCAACAACUAAAUAAAUUCCAACAACUGUUCGGCAUUUUGGCCACAAAACAUUUAGAUGUAUUCCUCGAGGCCGAAAACGAGGAACGACAAGUUAUAUUGCAAAUUAUUUGCGAUGGUGAUCAAAAAGUAAUCGACUGCUUUUUGGUGCUCGCGGCUGACUAUACAUUCGACACCUCGCCCAUAGGCCAAACAUUGGCGUUAAACGUACAAACAAUGCCUUUAGGCAGUUAUCUCAUUGGCGAUGAGAGUUUUCCACUUAAACCCUAUCUAAUGCGGCCAAUAGAAGCGCCCAGCGACGAGAGGGAGCAUGCUUUCAAUAUGGCAUUGCAGCCGGCUUUGUCACUAGCACAACAAGCGUUAGACUCUAUGGCGAAACGUUUUAAUGCACUCUAUGCACUAGAGGCACGUAAUCUACACGAAGUGCGUAAAAUCGUGGAUACCGUAUGUGCGUUACACAAUCUGUGCGUUGACAUGGAAGAUGACUAUGUCGAGCGCAAAUUAAAGGAUACACAGUUUAAUUGGGCCAAAGUUGGCAAUGGGGCAAUGCAAAAACAUGCAGAAGAACAAGAUGAACUUGGCAAACAGAAGCGCGCUGCAAUCAUGGCAGAGGUGCUGCGGUAGAUGUUUAGUAGAAUACAUAUAAGUUUAUUCUAUGUACUUACAUUGUUGCUUUAUAUCAAAGAAAUGAGUCUAUAUAUUCAGCGAUAUUCUUUAUUUCGAAACAUUUAUGUUCAAACGCCGUUAUUUGUUGGUAGUAUUAGUUUUUGUUUUCAUUUAUAAUACAUUUUUAAAAUUUAUGCGCUACAAAUACGUUUACUUUAGAUUACAUUACAUUAAUAAUCGUGUAUUAAUGCAUAAGGUAUGUAUGUAAGUAUAUAAUAUGUUGCAUAUUACUUUUUGUUGCUUGUUAUUAUUGAUGCUAGAAAUAUUUGUCCGUCAAGCUGCACAACACAUACUACUUAUUUGAUGAACAAAAUAUAAAUAACCAGCUAAUAAGGUACAUAAUAGAAAUAUGAUAAUAUAUGUAUGUAUAAUAUGUGUAUAUAAAUAAAAUUGACUAUUUAUUAUAUGUAGGUAUACAUAUAUAAAAGAUA